AUCCGUAAUUUAACACACCUGGCUUGUCAGCAUAUAGCACACCUUUUAUAUAUACAAUAAUACAUGUAUGUAGGUAACACUUGGACUAAUACAUUUCAGACGUUUAUUUUAUAAAAGUCAACUACCUGCAACGUUAUAGAGCUCUACAUUCAGAAAGGAGAGAUAAUAACUCCUGUGAGAAAAAAUGUUUAGAUAAUGACCAGUCGUUAUUCAAGAAACAGUAUGCAGGAUCUAUUCACUUCGCUGAGAAAUGGAAGUGCUCAGCUACUGACCGAGUAUAAAAAGAAUGGUGGUUAUAUGGAUAUUGUUGAUUCUGAAGGGAAAUCCUUAUUAAUACACAGCCUAUUUGAUCAGAAGAUUGCAAGGACAAAAUUGUUAAUUAAACUAGGCUGCAACAUUAAUCUUGGCACAAAAAAUGGAUUAUCUCCCUUGCAUGUGGCAUGCAUACAGAAAAGUUUGCCACAGGUUGAAUUGUUAAUGGAAAGUAGAGCAAAUAUAAAAGUUAAAACUGAAAUCGGAAGAACACCUCUGAUGCAAGCCAUUAUUACAGGUAGUUACCAGAUUGUAGAAAAGCUUUUGACAUUAGGGUCAGAUGUGAAUGUUUUUGACAAUAUAAGAAACACUCCACUUCAGAUAGCAUUGCUAAUGAAAAGAGAAGAUAUUGCAGAUUUACUUGUCAGACAGAAGGGAAUAAAUUUAUCAUUGUCAUUCCGUUGUCGUAUUGAUGAAGACUUUUUAUAUAUUACUAGAUACCUUCUUCAAAAUGGAGCUAAUCCUUUUGAAAGAGGCCAAUCUAGUAGCAGACAGAAAGCUUUCUUUCCAGCAAUGCUUGAUUUGGAGAUUGUUUCUUCUCAAGAAUUUUCUUCAAAAGUUGAACCGAUCUAUAAGGAAAUUUUUACAGAGUAUGGACUGUCUACUGCAUUUUACACAAAGAACAGAAUGCUACAGGAAUUUCUUAACUGUAGUCCGAUUUUACGUUUGUUUGAAAUUGAACCCACAUUACAAAUUAGUGUUGAUCGAUGUGUAAAUAAGGUCUUUAACAAAUUUUUGUCAAUACUUAAAACUUUGAGUGGCCUUGGUCUUGUUUUCCCAAUAAGUAAAGAUAUUUGGCAAUGUGAAUGUGAUAAUACAAGACUUGUUGAUAUUGUGAACCAGCUUAAAAAUCAACAAGCAUUUUGGUCAGUGAUGUAUUCCUUACGUCAAUCUCCACCUUCACUGAAACAACAGUGUCGUACAGCUGUAAGGUCUCAGUUAACAUUUGGUGUGACAUACAAGGUACAACAACUUCCUUUACCAGAACAAAUAAAGCGAUAUUUAUGUUUUCCAGAAAUCAAAUAAUUAUUAUACAUGUAUUGAUUAUGCUUCUUUUUUUUUCUUUUUGAAAUUGUUAGAAGUAAUAAAUAUUGGUGCAUUACUAGUGCCGAUGAGAUAUACGGUAAUGAGAAAUUGUAAAAUGGUAUAAUUAUAAAUGCAGUGUCACGUUUGUGGGCAUAGAAAUAUUAUUUUGAAACUUGUUAUAUAUAUUGAUAUUAAAUUUUGAAUAUA